CCGAAUCUCUGUGAAAACUUUGAAAUCAAGGUCGUGGAGCUGCGCGGGUUAUCCACCAUUUCAGUUGGUGUUGUGACAUGUGACAGUGCAGACUUCUUUACUACUCGGCCAAGAAUCAUCAUAGUAGACAUAACAGAACUUGGUACCAUCAAACUGCAGCUUGAAGUCAUCUGGAACCCAUUUGACAGCAGCAAGGUCCUGACUACACCUGGAAUGAGCAACAAGCUCUCAUCAAGCGCCCGGAGAGUGUCUAUGUACCACUGGACUCCACCCAACACACCCAGCUUCCGCGACAAGUUCUACCUUCAAAGUGACCUGGACAGCACAUACCCAUCCCUGGAUAAGGAUAUCCAGACCCCGUAUAUACUGAGCUACCUGGCCAGCAGUGGCCUUCUCAGGAGCCACAGAAGUGUGGAGACCACUACAGAACUGAACAGCGUAGAGAGUCUAAGGAACCUGGAGGAGAACGAGGACGAGCCCACCUCACAUCCCAGUCCACCGUCCUCAUGUGGGGACACCCUGCCUUAUUCUUCCACCCCAGAACUGAGAAACGCAUCACACCCCGACAGAGGCAAUCAACCGCAGAGCCACGAGACUCUGGACAUUUUAAAAGAGACACCCAACCACUAUACACACCAGACCAUGAAGCCCACACGGCUGGAGUUUGACAAAGACACCACAGCAGAGUCCAUAGGAGAGAGCCUAACCAACAUAAUCCUUCUAGAAGAGAAUCCGGAGGACGAGGAGCAGACGUCAGGAGGUGCAGAAAGUGACAAGAGGGAUUCUUUAGCAAGUCGGUUGGAGGAGGUCCUUGACCUGAUCAGAUCAGAAGAUGUCACAAGGCAAAAGUUGAAGGACAUGGAGCAGUCAGUUCUGAGCUUCAGUGAGAGAGUCAGGAUGAGUCGCACCGUGCACCAGUCGCGUAGCUCCAUGGACAGUUUGGCGGUGGAGACAGUGCUAGAAAGUUUUGACUUCCUCAAUACGGAUUUCAGCGCAGACGACAUGUCGGUAUUUGGCAGCAUCCGAACUCACAGCAAGAGCAACGGGACCAUCAACGAGUCCACUGUUCGGUCCUUCCCUUGUAGCACUGAAGUGGAACACGCUGGACAGAGCACGGGAUAUGAGGACCUGGACAACCUCCUGUCCAUCCACCUGGAGAUCUGUAAAGCACUGCUGAAGAAGCUGACGUCCCGAAACACUGCGCGGCUUAUACAGAACCAUCUUGUGGAGGAGCUGUGCUGGCAGAGAGAAGUCCUGCAGGAUUUGUCUAUCAUCUAUUUCCAGAAGUCGGAGGAGAAGGUGUCUAUAGAAGACAUCUUCCCCAAGACCAAAAAGAUCCGACAUUUCCUGAAGCUGUGGGAGAGCUGUACGCAGCCAGAUUGCAUCUGGUUCUGCUCGGCGGAAGCCUUCCUUAACCGACUUAAGAAAAUGUUUGUGACGAAAAUCAAAGGGAAGUUCCCGGGACAGCUGGAGGCAGUUUUUCGGAGGACGCUGGAGCAGAUGUUCAGUUUUUGGCGGGAUCAUGACAACAGAGGAGGUUUCGGAGAAUGUUGUCUCCAUCUUUCUCUUCUACGGGUACCUGCGGCGAUACCAUGUAGUGGAUCUGGAGAAGCACUUUGCUGCACUCACUAGGGAAGUCACACUGGUAGGGGGUCUACAACUUCCCGGGAGGCUCAAGAAGAUUAAAAAACUGAAGGCGAAGCAGAUCGCUCGUCUCCAGCCUCUGCCGCAGUUCCUCAAGCUGGUCGCCACCUUCCAGAUAGACGAAAACCUCAAGCUGUGCAAAACCGCCGCCAGCUUCUUCUGCCGGGCGUCUUCCAACAAACAUUUCAAGCAAAAGGCCUUGCUGUACUACACUGAACUUUUAUCCGACAAAGAUCCCAAACUGCAGAGAUCUGCCUGUCUGGCCCUCAAACAUCUCAAUGGGACGGCCAGCAUUGACCAGAUUGCCUGUUUGUGUCAGUCGGAAGUGGAGGAGGUCAGGAACACCGCCAGGGAGACCAUUGUGUCCUUUGGUCAAAGAGGGCGGCAGGUCUUCAGGAAGACGGACAAGAUCUGCCGUGAGCUCCAGGAGACGUUGACGCUGGAUGGGGAGAUAGAGAUCACUGUGUUCUGA